CGCCUGCUUCCGCCUCCCUGUGGCGGCGGCUUGUUGUUGUGGAGGCCAAAAUGGCGGCUCAAGCGGCGGCGGCGGCCCAGGCGGCGGCGGCCCAGGCAGCGCAGGCUGAGGCGGCCGAGUCGUGGUACCUGGCGCUUCUGGGCUUCGCCGAGCACUUCCGCACUUCCAGCCCGCCCAAGAUCCGCCUGUGUGUGCACUGCCUGCAGGCCGUGUUCCCCUUCAAGCCGCCGCAGCGCAUCGAGGCCCGCACGCACUUACAGCUCGGUUCCGUGCUCUACCACCACACCAAGAACAGCGAACAGGCGCGCAGCCACCUGGAGAAGGCGUGGUUGAUAUCACAGCAAAUCCAGCAGUUUGAAGAUGUUAAAUUUGAAGCAGCAAGUCUUUUGUCCGAGUUAUACUGUCAAGAGAAUUCUGUAGACGCAGCAAAGCCACUGCUGCGGAAAGCAAUCCAGAUCUCACAGCAGACUCCAUACUGGCACUGCCGCCUGCUCUUCCAGCUUGCUCAACUGCAUACACUUGAGAAGGACCUGGUGUCAGCCUGCGACCUCCUGGGUGUAGGGGCCGAGUAUGCCAGAGUUGUGGGAUCUGAGUACACACGGGCACUGUUCCUGCUCAGCAAAGGAAUGCUGCUGCUGAUGGAGCGCAAGUUACAGGAAGUGCACCCGCUGCUGACCCUCUGUGGACAGAUAGUUGAGAACUGGCAAGGGAACCCCAUCCAGAAGGAGUCUCUGCGCGUCUUCUUCCUGGUGCUUCAGGUGACUCAUUACUUGGAUGCCGGGCAGGUGAAGAGCGUGAAGCCGUGCCUGAAGCAGCUACAGCAAUGCAUCCAGACCAUCUCCACGCUGCAUGAUGAUGAGAUCCUGCCCAGCAACCCUGCCGACCUCUUCCACUGGCUGCCCAAGGAGCACAUGUGUGUACUCGUCUACCUGGUGACCGUGAUGCACUCCAUGCAGGCCGGCUACCUGGAGAAAGCACAGAAAUACACAGACAAAGCCCUCAUGCAGCUGGAGAAGCUCAAGAUGCUUGACUGCAGCCCUAUCCUGUCCUCCUUCCAAGUGAUCCUACUUGAACAUAUCAUCAUGUGUAGGCUUGUCACAGGACACAAGGCCACUGCACUACAGGAGAUCUCCCAGGUCUGCCAGCUGUGCCAGCAGUCCCCCCGGCUCUUCUCCAACCACGCGGCACAGCUGCAUACGCUGCUGGGCCUGUACUGUGUCUCUGUCAACUGCAUGGACAAUGCAGAAGCCCAGUUCACCACAGCCCUGCGGCUCACCAACCACCAGGAGUUGUGGGCCUUCAUCGUGACCAAUCUGGCGAGUGUGUAUAUACGGGAAGGAAAUAGACACCAAGAGGUACUAUAUAGUUUGUUGGAGAGGAUCAAUCCAGACCACAGCUUCCCUGUCAGCUCACACUGCCUGCGAGCUGCAGCUUUCUACGUGCGCGGGCUCUUCUCCUUCUUCCAGGGACGCUACAAUGAGGCCAAGCGAUUUCUUCGAGAAACUCUGAAGAUGUCCAACGCAGAGGACCUGAACCGGCUCACAGCCUGCUCCCUUGUGCUCCUGGGCCACAUCUUCUAUGUGUUGGGGAACCACAGAGAGAGUAACAACAUGGUGGUGCCUGCCAUGCAACUGGCCAGCAAGAUCCCAGACAUGUCAGUGCAGCUGUGGUCCUCAGCCCUGCUGAGAGACUUGAACAAGGCCUGCGGGAAUGCCAUGGAUGCCCACGAAGCUGCCCAGAUGCACCAGAACUUCUCCCAGCAGCUGCUCCAGGACCAUAUUGAGGCCUGCAGUCUCCCUGAACACAACCUCAUCACGUGGACGGACGGCCCACCCCCUGUGCAGUUCCAAGCUCAAAAUGGACCCAAUACAAGCCUGGCCAGCCUCCUGUGAGGCUCCUGAAGGGAGCCGUCCAGCUUCUUGGGGCCUCUGUGGGGCCCAGUGUGUCCCCUACUUCCAUCCAGACAGCACUUGAGCUUUCCUUGGAGGUGUGCUGGAGUGGGUGUCCCCAGGCUUCUUUUCUGACUGUCUCCAGAGCUUCCAAGUCCCUGGGGAGUAUGCAGGGCUAAUUCAGCCCUCCCAGGAAGGGCUGGCCAGCCAUUCCCACCAUAUAACAAGACCCCAGUGCUGAGGCUUGCAGGUGGGGAUAUUGGAGCCAACUUUCCAGAGCCAUCCUUUAAAGUGGACUUGAAUUGCCAGUUCUGCUUCCACGUCUAAGUCACGCCUUCGAGGGAGCGUGUCUGGGCGGGGAGUGGGGUGCCAGUUGCCAGGGUGGGUGGUACCGCUGGUACAUUGCCACAUGACUUCCAUCACCUGGGCCUCUCUGCCUGGCUCGAGUGUUUUCUCUGCUCAUAGCAGCUUCCAGAGCCCAGAGGCAAAAUGCCAGUUUCUGCCCCAAAAUUGGAGGGAAGAAGUGAUGGCGCAUGUCAGGGACAAAAAUGCACAUCCCACCAUAACACUUUUCCCAGCUUGCCUUUCUGUCCAGUGUCUCCCCCCCCCCCCCCCCCAUCUGACAGCCAGCGCCUCUGGUCAGGAACCCGGGGGGCCCAGGAACUCGGCUUCCAAACAUCUGCACCUUGACUGGAUUCAGUGUCCAGCCAUGGAGGUGCACAUUCUUGUAGACACGGGUGUGCAUGUGUGUGCGUGCGUGUGUGGUGAUUCACAGAGCUGGAGCUGGGGCCUGAGACUCCUAUAUUUGCACCAGCUGCCUUCCCCCAUCAGCGUCCAUUCUGCUGGGCUGGAAGCAAAGGAGAAGGGAGGGGACCCUCCUCAGCCCAACUCAGGGUGCCUGAAUGAAAAAGGGGCUGCUUCCUGGCAGCUCUGCAGCCUCCUCAGCAGAGGACGUUUGCAGAUGCCUGGAGCUCAGCUGGCCAGCAGGCAGCAAUUCCCCUGGCCCCUCACACUGCUCUCAGGAGGGAAGAUGAGGAGACCUACCUUCCUUGGGUCUUGGGACAGCGUUGAAACCUCUUCCUGAGCUAAAGCUGACCCCAGGAGUCUGCCAGGCUCAGACAACCAUGCUCGGUUCUGUGCUCCUCUCGGAUACUUGGGGAGAUAACCCAGUGGUGAUGGUGGCAUUGGGGGCAGUUGAAGUAGCCACCUCCUCCAGCCCCCAGUGCCUGGGAGUGUCCCCCUCACAGAGGAGUGGUGAGUGGUCUUGCUAGUCAGGGUGGCUUGUUAGUUUGCAUCUUGUUACCCUUGCACUGUGAGGGCUGCUUCUCAAAGCCUCAGUGUCUGACAGAAGGAACACUGGGAUCACUCAGGUCAGCUGCUCAGGCCCUGAGGCCUGAGUGUGCCUUAGCCGCAAGCAGGGCUGUCAGCAGACCUCCCUGCACAGGGCCACCGCCCCUACCAGGCCAGCAUCAGGCCCCUGCUGCCCACAGGGGGCCAGCGACAGGCGUGCACAGUCAGCUGCUGAUUGGAGGCAUGGGCUGGCCAGGGCUUGUCCUAAGAGGACCCACCAUCUGUGUGACAUCCUGGGUCCCCCAGGAGAGCCUAGCACUGUCCGGUGCAGCUCAGGGCCAACUUCUUGGCGGACCCCUGGGCUUGUGAGGCCUACAAGAGGAGGGUAUGACGUGACCACAAGCUGUCCUGUCCUGUUUUCCUCUCCCGUCAAGGCUAUCCCCUAGGCUCUCCCCUCUAUCCAUGGGACAGAGCUCCCCUCUUUCCACAAGCUACCCCUGUUGGCCUAGACCCCGCACUGUCUGACCUCUCCAGACCCUCAUUACUUCAAUCACGCUGUACAUCAUGUUUGUCUCUGCGUAUUUAUUUAAGCCUUUCUUUGCUUCUAGGGCAUUUUUUAUGUAGAACAGUUGAAAUAAGAACCUCAAAACUUAACAUCUGUCCUGAUGUUAAAGUGCUUUUAGUGACCACUCUGUUAUCUAUGUUCAUGUAAAGUUAAGGAUAAGUUUUUAUGUUUACAGUUAAAAAUUCAGUACUUUAUAUUUAAUAUUCCACUCUAGCUUUAUGGAAGCCAAACUGCGUGUACAUGCUUUUCUGCAUGUGCAAGCUUUGAACCUCCCCUUCACCGUAGCAUCUUCUGGUUACAUAAAGCUGUCAUAAGUACCUUCCUGUGAGUCCAAAUGGAGUGCCUCGCAGUUUUCUCACUCAGUCAUAAGAAUUUAAGACCGGCAGCAAGUGAGCCCCCAGGGAGACCUUCUGCAGUGUCAUAACUGUUUAGAUAAAACAGAUAAAUAAAAACUCCAAGCCUUUAAGUGUACAGUGUGCAAGGGAGGAACAGAGAGAUCCCUGUUGGCAGGUAAAUUACUGAAAGCUGGUCAGCCUCUUUGUGUGUUCCUCCCACCUCCUUGGGUCCUUAGGGCCUCUGGAUCUGGGGGACUGGUCCAGGAGAUACUAGGUUCCCUGGCACAUACACACCACUGCCUCCCCUGUGCUGGGUCUUUGCAGCCAUCCAUGGGUGAAACGAGGGUCCUCUCCCUGGGGUAAGCACUCCCCACCCCACUUAUUGGGAACACUGGCAAAGAAAUCAGAAAAGGGCUGCCUGGUGCAGUGGGUGAAUUUGUUGAUUGCAUCGUCUCUGUUUUGUUAAGGGUUUUUAAGAAGUAUGUUUGACAUAAUGUCUUUUAAUGGGUUUGUAAUAUCUUAUGGUUUUAGCAGCCUGUAACUUCAGCUGGUGCUUUUAAUCAGGAAAAAAUUUUUGUAAAUACAAAACAUUGUUUAAAAGACAUAACCAUAGAACAUAGCUUCCCAUUUGUGGAUUUCUUUUCCUAUAUAUUCAAAGUAAAAUAAUUUGCAGGAGCCAUCA